ACCUCUUGUUCGACCCGCACCACGUUCUUGCUAGCCAUGGCCUCCGUUUCUCUACCUUACAGACCAUCUGCUAAGCCAUUUCCCUUCCUCGAUCUCCCGAGGGAGAUUAGGGACAAAAUUUAUGGGGAGCUUCUUACUGUCGCAGAGCCUUUGCACCCAACACAAAAACCAACAAACAGUGUUGAAGAAGAAGCCAAUAACCGUCCCAAGACCAAUCGCCGGAGAUUCAACAUUGAGACACAAAUCCUACAGACUUGUCAUUCAAUCAAGGCAGAAGCUGAAUCCAUCCUGCUAAAGUCAAAUCUCUAUAUCAAGAUAAGGUCUCGAGUUCUGAUUAUGGAGUGUGGGCAUAUCAUGAAUAGAAACUUCACACUAGCUGUGAAAUUGGAACCGAAGUACUACAGACAUUUCAAGUCGUUUGUGGUAUCUCAUGUGAUCAACCUAUCGAAGCCGCUGCAAGAAGACCUGAGUACCUGGUGUACUUACAUCAUUCUGUAUCGCGAUCUAGAGCGCUUCUGUUCUGCAAUAGCAAAAGGAUGUCCAGAACACAUGCGACACCGCGAUUUGAUGUCGCACAUUGUCACUAUUUGCGAUCCAUCAGCAGGGAGCCUGGUGCCGGACCAUGAACCAUUCUUCUCAAGGGGACUACAAGAGAAGCUCAUGGCGCCCUAUAGAGCUGCGCUCCGAGAUGUUCCACACUUUACAAUCAAGGGCGCCAUUCCGCAGGAUCUAAAGUUUGCCGCGGAGCAAGAAAUCAAACGUCCUUUCCCUCUUGAUCCAGAAAGCGUCAUCCGAGAAGUGGAGCAUUUGAAAGCCGAAGGGCACCUGUACUUCCACAGCAGCCGUCUUUUCUUUCACGAUCCUACGGGAGGAGCUAGCGAAUACUGGAAUGAGGCUUUGACAAAAAUACAACGAGUCAUGCAGGACGAUAAUUGUCAAGGGAUAAGGGAACGUGGUGGGUUACAGUUCUUGAACCGAUUGUCAGCGUUGUCUUUCGACCUCAAUUCCGACAAGGCCCAAGACUAUCUUUUGUGCAUGGGGCAUGCUUAUACAAAAAGGGCUAUGGAUAAGUUUGGGUUGAAAGUCUCCGACUCUGUUUUCGAAGCAGCGAGUACAAUGAACAAAUUCCCUGGAAGUACUUGGCGGCCAACACCCCAACAAAUGGCAGAGCUCACUUUGAAAAGCAGUCAAUUGCCGAUUUGGUGAGGAUCUACUUACUGUAUGCUUACUCAAGCGGAAGCUGCGAUCCAAGAGGCACUGAUUACAAGGCCAGAUGAUCCCUCUAUCAAUGAGGAGAGGGAUCUAAUUGCGCGUUGGCGAGAACACAUCCAAGCUGCAAUAUUACAAUGUCCUAGGCAUCGUUGACCAAAGAGACCAUGGAAGUUGUCUUGAUUUAAACACGUCAAGAAAGCUCAACAACCUCAGUCG